AUAAAGGAGAAAAUGAAGCCAUGGAAUCAUCUGGCAAACAAGUACCCCAAUGUUAUCCCAGUUCUGUUACAUCUGCACGAACCAUGAUGUUGUUCAAUCUUGGAAGUGCCUACUGCUUAAGAAGCGAGUAUGACAAAGCGCGGAAAUGUCUACAUCAGGCUGCCUCACUGAUUCAUCCAAAAGAGAUUCCACCAGAAGCUAUCUUACUGGCUGUAUAUCUUGAGCUUCAGAACGGUAAACAUUUGCUCUUUUUUAAUUAUAUUUUUAUAUAGCAUUUUUAAGACAUAAAGGAAAGGGGAAAGAAGAAAGACACGCAAAAAAGGAACAUAAUAAAAUAAAAAUAAAACACAGAAUAGCUAAAUAGGGAGUUUACAGGUGUUAUGCAAUUAGGUUAGGAUUUUCAGGGUUUCAUUAUUUGGGUUUAGAUAAACUAAACUAGAUAAACUAGACUUGAAUAAACUACAAGUCAUUAAUAAAAUCCAAUAUAUCCAAUAAUAUAUGAGUAGCAACCAGCACAGUCAACACAGUAUAUAU